AUCAGCAAAGAAAUGUUCCCAUCAAUCUACCAUGGUUUAGGGUUUCUGUAUUGUUAACACCAAAUUAAGCCUUGCAAAAAAAUUAUCUGUAAAUUCUAUUUUAGUAAAAUACCGUAUUCCAAGUUUUCCUUUCCUUCUGUUUUCUUUUUUGUUGAUUGGCAAUGUAUUUGCUUAUGAUGUUAAUGAUAAAGUGAAAGCCGAUCCCCUUUGCUGAACCCCAUUCCAGCUUUUUAAAUGAAGGACGAUUUGACAGCGGAUUUUAUUUGUGCUGUCUCUCUUCGCCAGAACGAUGUUGCGCCUUGCUUUGUCCGUGUUCGCCUUGGUGAGUGUUCAUGCCCUGGCUAUCCAGUUUGACGUCAUGCUGGAUAACGAAUGGGAGAUGUUCAAGGUCACCUACAGGAAGAACUAUGGAGGAGAAGAGCAUAACAGACGACAAAUCUGGGAAGACAAUAUCGGGAUUAUUGAGAAGCACAACCUAGAGGCGGACCGCGGAGUUCACACAUACUGGUUGGGGAUGAACGAAUAUGGAGAUAUGACAAGUGAAGAAUUCGGAAAAGUUAUGAAUGGUUUGGUUAUGUCGAAUAAGACUAAGCACAACCUAUUCGAGGCCACACUUGAUGUAAAAGACCUACCAACUUCCGUUGAUUGGAGACCAAAAGGAUACGUCACUGAAGUAAAAAAUCAGGGUCAGUGCGGCUCCUGCUGGGCUUUCUCCACUACAGGGUCACUUGAAGGCCAGCACUUCAAGGCCACCAAUAAAUUGGUAUCCCUGUCUGAACAAAAUCUCGUCGACUGCUCCAAAGCUGAGGGAAACAAAGGUUGCCAAGGUGGUUUGAUGGAUAAAGGCUUCAAGUACAUUGAGAAGAACAAGGGUAUUGAUACAGAAGAAUCUUAUCCCUACCAUGCCAAGAAUGGCAAAUGUCACUUCAAAGCGUCUGAUGUUGGCGCAACCGAGACCUCCCACAAGGACAUCAAAUCCGGAAGUGAAGAUGAUCUUCAACAGGCAGUAGCUACCAUUGGACCAAUCUCGGUCGGUAUUGACGCAAGCCACUCCUCUUUCCAGUUGUACAGGAGAGGGGUUUACAGCGAGCGUCGUUGCAGCUCCAAGAAAUUGGACCAUGGUGUACUGGUAGUGGGGUACGGGACAGAUGGAGGCAAAGACUUCUGGCUUGUGAAAAACAGUUGGGGUAAAUCUUGGGGGAUGGAAGGAUACAUUGAGAUGUCCAGGAACAAGGAAAACCAGUGUGGAAUCGCUACUCAGGCCUGCUACCCCGUCGUGUAAAGUGGCUGGAUCCGCGUCCUAAAUCCAUGAGAUCAGCCCACAUGUUUAUGCACUACCGUCCUUCAUUUGAACUGUGAUUGACAGUUUGUAAAACAUGACGAGGAACAUCGCAUAAAACAAAACCAUUAUUAAAACAUACACUAUU